AUGGCAACUUAUUAUAGGACACAAGCCCUAUGGGCCUUUGCAAUUUGUCUCAUGGCUGUCACUUUGGCAGCCGCAGACUAUCCAUCUCCGCCACCUCCUCUUUACUCCCCUCCGUCGUAUAUUUAUAAAUCUACUCCACCGCCGCCUUACGUUUACUCAUCACCCCCACCCCCACCUUAUGUCUACUCCUCACCGCCACCACCACCGUAUGUUUACUCAUCUCCACCACCACCGCCUUAUGUUUACAAGUUUCCUCCACCACCUCCUUAUGUUUACUCUUCCCCUCCACCACCUCCUUAUGUUUACAAGUCCCCUCCUCCACCUCCUUAUGUUUACUCUUCCCCUCCACCACCGCCUUAUGUUUACAAGUCCCCUCCACCACCUCCUUAUGUUUACUCUUCCCCUCCACCACCUCCUUAUGUUUACAAGUCCCCUCCUCCACCUCCUUAUGUUUACUCUUCCCCUCCACCACCGCCUUAUGUUUACAAGUCCCCUCCAACACCUCCUUAUGUUUACUCUUUCCCUCCACCACCUCCUUAUGUUUACAAGUCCCCUCCUCCACCUCCUUAUGUUUACUCUUCCCCUCCACCACCGCCUUAUGUCUAUUCAUCUCCUCCACCACCACCUUACGUUUAUUCUUCCCCUCCACCUCCGCCUUACGUUUACAAGUCUCCUCCUCCAACAUAUUAUUCGCCUUCACCUUAUAUCUAUAAAUCUCUGCCACCACCAUCAUACGUCUACAAGUCACCUCCACCGCCGUCUUAUAUUUACUCGUCACCGCCACCGUCGCCUUAUAUUUAUAAAUCUCCUCCACCACCGCCUUAUGUAUACUCAUCUCCACCUCCACCACCUUAUAUUUACAAGUCUCCUCCGCCUCCACCUUAUGUCUAUAAAUCUCCCCCUCCACCUCCUUAUGUGUAUAAGUCGCCACCUCCGCCUCCUUACAUUUACAAAUCACCCCCGCCGCCUCCUUAUGUGUACUCAUCUCCUCCUCCCCCUCCAUACAUCUACAAGUCACCUCCACCACCGCCUUAUGUUUAUAAAUCUCCUCCUCCACCGGCCUAUGUUUACAAGUCCCCUCCACCGCCGCCUUAUAUUUAUUCUUCACCACCACCACCACCAUAUGUCUAUAAAUCUCCUCCUCCACCACCCUAUGUUUACUCUUCCCCUCCACCACCUCCUUACAUUUACAAGUCUCCUCCUCCACCACCCUAUGUUUACUCUUCUCCUCCACCACCACCUUACAUUUAUAAGUCUCCACCACCACCUCCAUAUGUGUACUCUUCUCCACCACCACCUCCCUAUCUUUACAAGUCUCCCCCACCACCACCAUACAUUUACAAAUCUCCUCCUCCACCACCAUAUACCUAUUCUUCCCCUCCACCACCUCCUUAUGUUUACAAAUCUUCUCCUCCACCACCAUAUAUCUAUUCUUCCCCUCCACCACCUCCUUAUGUUUACAAAUCUCCUCCACCACCACCAUAUGUUUAUAAGUCUCCUCCUCCACCUCCCUAUAUUUAUAAGUCACCUCCUCCACCUCCUUAUGUUUACAAAUCUCCUCCACCACCACCAUAUGUUUAUAAGUCUCCUCCUCCACCACCCUAUAUUUAUAAAUCACCUCCUCCACCUCCUUAUGUUUACAAAUCUCCACCACCACCACCAUAUGUUUAUAAGUCUCCUCCUCCACCUCCCUAUAUUUAUAACUCACCUCCUCCACCUCCUUAUAUUUAUAAGUCUCCACCACCACCUCCUUACAUUUAUAAGUCUCCUCCUCCUCCUAAAUAUGUUUACUCUUCUCCUCCUCCACCACCAUAUGUUUAUAAGUCUCCUCCUCCACCUCCCUAUGUUUAUUCAUCUCCACCACCACCUCCUUACAUUUAUAAGUCUCCUCCUCCACCCCCUUAUGUUUACUCAUCUCCACCACCACCUCCUUACAUUUAUAAGUCACCACCACCACCAACAUACAUUUACAAGUCUCCUCCCCCACCUCCAUACGUCUAUUCUUCUCCUCCACCACCUCCCUAUGUUUACUCAUCUCCACCACCACCUUCUUACGUUUAUAAAUCUCCUCCUCCACCUCCUUAUGUGUAUUCUUCCCCUCCACCACCUCCUUAUAUUUACAAGUCUCCUCCACCACCUCCCUAUGUUUACUCAUCUCCACCGCCACCUCCCUAUGUUUACAAGUCUCCACCACCACCUCCUUACGUCUAUUCUUCCCCUCCACCGCCACCUUAUGUUUAUAAGUCUCCACCUCCACCACCCUAUAUUUACAAGUCUCCACCACCACCUCCUUAUGUUUACAAGUCUCCUCCACCACCUCCAUACGUUUACUCAUCUCCACCACCUCCUCCCUACAUUUACAAGUCUCCACCACCACCGCCUUACGUAUAUAAGUCUCCUCCACCACCGCCUUACGUUUACAAGUCUCCACCACCACCUCCCUAUGUCUAUUCUUCACCUCCACCACCACCUUAUGUUUAUAAGUCUCCACCUCCACCUCCUUACAUUUACAAGUCUCCACCACCACCUUCUUAUGUUUACAAGUCUCCACCACCACCUACUUAUGUUUACAAAUCUCCUCCACCACCUUCCUACAUUUACUCUUCUCCACCACCACCUCCUUAUGUUUACAAGUCCCCUCCACCACCUCCUAUUGUAUAUUAA